AAAAAAAAACCCCAACAAUACGCACAUAUACGCAUAUACAUUAGAUUAGAUAUCAAACAUAGAUUAUAUAUCAGUCGUAUUGUCUCGUACGCUCGACACAUUGUCGCGUCUAUGCGUCACUGACCGAUUAAACGAAACGAAGAAUCGAAACGCAGAGUUUCGGAGGAUAGGAAGUGAGAGAGCCGGCAAGAAAUGUUUUAUCGGGAUUGCCGUUGGGAUUAAACGAGCAAAAUCUCGAAGCGGACGGUUCGUUAUUGAGAGGAAUUCCCAGCUGGAUUUAGACAAAGUUCGCAUGCCAAGGCAUCUGCCAUACGCGCGCACGUACGUACCGUAAGCGUGAGACACGGCGCGUGCAAGACCGGAAUAAAUACUCUGAAGUCAUCGAUCGUCCGUCCCGCGAGGUUUUCCUCGGUUAUCGCUACCUCGGGAAACGUAGAACGAUGGGAACGGGGUCACGUAAUUAGGAUAAAAUUACUUAAGAGCGUUAAACCGUGGCAUCUGCCGAUCGGUCACUGAAACUCGAAAGAAAAAAGAGAAAAAAAAGAUGAGCAGAUGGCGAGGACACGAGGAGAAGGAAAGUUAGUUAAGCAGGUGCGUAGCUUGGCACGCGACAGGUGAACGUGGCGAUCGCGCGUACCUUUCCUGGUGUACGUCGAGUUUUAAGGGUCGACGAUAUCAGAGUGGAAGACAGAGUGGAAUGACGGAGAAACGGCGAGAUGUCAACAGCGAGAAACUGAAUGAAAUGGUCGUUAUCUAUAAGUUAUCGAUGGUAACUGUAAAAGGUUUCCGAGCGAUUGCCGAUACGAAUGUCAAUGGGGAGAAAGAAACGAGCGGAGAAUCGGCGAUCGAUCGAGCUUGUAUCGCGAACAGAGGCGCGGAGGUCGCUUCUUAUGCUCGGUACAUAUCGCGAGGCAUCGGUUUUUCCCAGGACGACGAGAUUUCCGAACCGAUACCGCGUCUCCUUUCGUAAAUAAUCCACGUGGAGGACGACUCGGAGGAGUAAAUUCGCCGAUGGAAUACAAAAUACAGAGUGGCAGCCGUUCGUCCAACUUUAAUUCUCUGUCGCGCGUUCAGCGGCUCCUCGAUUCUCUAAAUCGUCGUGAUUCGUCUUGCGAGAAGCAGAGAGAAAGGUCGCGUCGCGCAAUGGCCACGUUCUCUCUAUCCUCUUGUCGCCGGGCAACGAGAAUUCGCAAUUUAUCCUUAUAGAAAACGAAAGGUUCCUCUUGCCGGGAAUCCCAAUCGAACCUCGGAUUCCUGCGUACAAAGAAAUAACGCAGUCAGAGCGGCUGUCGCAUCCUUAUUCGCAUAAAGGAAUUCUUCGUUACAAUAAGCGAUACCUGACCUAAGCGAUAGAAAACACGGUUUUCCGGGAAAACCAAAGACCGAUCGCUCCUUCGAUUUCCCGCCCUUUAAUGUCGAAUCGAAGAGACGCGAGGAAGAAGCGGAGCAAGAAAAUUGGACGAUUCGAUUUGCGCUUUCUCUGCAGCCGAUUAGCUAAUUGCUAGUUGUCCGUGUAAUUCGAAUUGAAUUUAAUUUACGCAGGAGAACUACGUAGGUAGUUUUCGCGAAGAUCGGUAACCCUUCCUUCUCUUGUAUCUUCUCGUCGAGUAUAAAGUUUCAAUGUCAGCGGCAGGAAAUAGUAAGUUGAUACAGUUGGCUUGCGACGCGCGUGCGCACGCUUUGCAAAAUGAUAAUGCCUUUUAUACGCUCGUUGAUAAGCAGACGAGCUGCUUUAAAUCGGCAUUCGGCACGCGUAACGUAACUAAAUCGGAAGGAAGGAGAUGUUACUUUUAAAGAAUACCGGUUGACGUUAGCUGGUUAGCUGGACAAAGAAAAAAGAGCGUUUCCCGAAUUUCAACGAGUUUCAACGAAAGAGUUUCAACGAAUUAGAUAGUAUGCAAUGCAGUAUGCGACAAAAAUAUCGCGAUGUAACAAAAAAUGUUAUCGUAAAGCUUGGAAACUCGGGAAAUUUCUAUGGUAACAGGGUGAGCACCACUGUAAAACAGAAGGGCGCGUGCCACGAGUUCACAUCUGCCGCAGUUGUUUUCGCAUCCCCCCGGUUUCUUUCUGGAACACCACCACCACCACCACCACCACCGAUAAACGAGUCUCCGGUUUGAGAAAAAAAGACUUCCGCAGGAAGCAGUAGCAGACCUUGCCAUCGCCACCUUCCCGUUUCCUGUCUCAUCGACUCGAAAGAAAUCGGCCGAAAGUAGUCGGCCGAAAGUAAUCGCUGGAAAACGAUAGCUGGAAAGCAAUCGCUCGAACGGACGGAAGAAGCCAGUAGGAACGUUUCCAGAAGAAUUUACCGAAACUCGUCUUUACCGCUUCCUAUCGCGGAUAGAAUAAACGUUUCUCAAGAAAUUGUCUAGUCGAGGAGGAGGACGCCAGUCUCCUAGCGUCUUCUUAAGGCCGUCGUAGAAUCGUUUAACGCCACACCAUCGGUUCUGGCUGCGUACCUCGAUGCGUUAUCGCGGUCGCGGUCUUCUGCGAUCUGUUGAUCUGCCGGCGAAGAAAUUGGAAUUGGCGGAAAAAGAGCGGAAACGCGAUGCCAAUUGGAAAUUGAAAGCGUCGCUUGACGAGUUAGGAACGAGGAUAAGGGAAGGGGUCGGGAGAAACGGUAGUACGGGCCUGAAUAAGGGCCCCAGGAAGGGGACCGGCUCAGGUAAGCAGCUGCAAGCGUCUGCAGGGGCAACAGCAGCCGCGCGCUUAAAUUAGUCCCGGCACAACUGUCGUUCGCGUAACACCAAGGCAAGGAGAGAGAAUUCUUCGGUCGUGUGUUCCGGUAUAGAGCUUGGUGACAAAUUCUUCAAGAGAAACGGACGGUAGUGUUUGGAUAUGUGGUGGGUGAACGCGAAAAACGUAGAACUUUGAGUAGGGAGCUCGAGCUGAGAUUCGAUAAUCUUCAAUUCCACCAUCGCGCGCUAGGAUUUCAAAGCACUUUGGACAUUUGAAAGUUUGAUGGAUUACGAUGGAUAACAUCGUGCAGUCGCUAAUUGGCUAAGUGAAUUUUAAACGAGAAGGAAGCCUCGUAUGGGUGGGAGAAGGUGGGAAUUGGACGAUCGUAUGAAGGUUCACAGAGAGACGAGCGAACGAAGAAGCAGAGGAAACGAAGGAAGAUGCUGAUACUUAGGCUAAUCGCGGUGUCGAGUCUCUGCUGGAUGGCCAGGUGCGACUUGUUGGACCUGUACGUGCAGCACAUGGACGAGACCAUGAGGACCUUGGCCUACAGGAACAGGCAUCAUCCGAAAGACGUCGUAUCCAGGAUAAAGAGAAGUCUCGGAGAGGAACAGGCGCUUCUCAGAGUAGGUACGUUUAAGAAACAACGGCUGGACGUGGAUAAAGAGUGGUACGCGCGAUGGAAGGCGAGCAGGAAGAUCCCUUACAAGGAGGACGGGCUGGACUUUGCUAAUUCGAGGGAAGAAAACCUGGACCCGGAUCAACACGAGCUGCUGAGCAACGCCAGUCGGAUACUCGGCGUCGGCGGACAAUCCGAAGAAACGACGAUCGCGUCCACGCUGGAGAUGAACGAAACCGUGAACGCGUUCGACAUCGACGUCUCUAACGGAGAAUCGACGUGGUCGUCCGGCAACGAUACAACACCGUUCGACAAACGACCGAUCGAAGACGAGAAUCCGAAGGCGGAAUCUCGGGAGGAGACCACUCGGACCAUAGAUUCGCAGGACGACGUCGAAACAGAAGGAAAUUCUCAAUUCGAGACGAUGGACGAAAUUGGUACCGUCGCCGUCGCCGCCGCCGCCGCCGCCGCCGCCGCCAGAGCAAACAACCUCUUCGACGAUCCUAUCUUGAAAAGAAGCGCAAAGUCGCGAGACAAUCGAGUUCCGAAAAAGUACAUCCCACCGAUGGACAAAUCAGCGAAGCUGUUACGCGCGUCCAAGUAUACCGGUGCCGAGGAGACGAUAGACGAUCGACCCCGAAGAAGCAUCGAGCAACCGAGGUUCACCAGACGCGAGAUACUCGACGACGACGGAGAAGUUAUCCUCGAGUGGGAUCCUUCGGACGAGCAGAUGGUCACCUUCAAGGUGAUCGCCAAAACCUUGGGAUACGUCGGCAUCGGAUUCAACGAGAAAAACCACAUGAAGGGAGCUGAUAUUCUGCUGGCUUGGGUGGACGAUCACACGGGCACCGUGAAUCUGCUGGACUCGCACGGGAUCGAAGGUCCAGAGGCGGCCCUGGUCACCGACACGUCGCAGGAUGUCAAAGUAUUGGGUGGCUCGCAAAACGAAACUCACACGAGCGUAAUCUUCUCGCGAAACUGGCAGACCUGCGACCCUCAGGAUCAUCGGCUCACGGGAGACACGAUUCGAGUCCUGUGGGCGCUUCAUUCCAGCGAUCCUGAGCUAAAUACUGCUGUUUGGCCCGGUGACAAGCGUGGAGGCAGAGCUUUGAGACUCAAGACUGCGGCUCCUCAUGCACCUCCACGCCAUACUCGGGAUAUCAAGCAUUGGGACGUGAAAUUGAAUCAACCUCCGGUUUCAGACAGCGUAGACACCACCUAUUGGUGCAAGAUUUUCAAGGCACCUCAUAAGGAGAAGCACCAUAUGAUCGGGUACACGCCACUCGUGGAAAAGGAGAACCAAGAUUUGGUUCAUCAUAUUAUAUUGUACGAGUGCGCCUCCACUUUGUCGAUCUUGGGACAACACGCGAGAAUCGUUGGAGCUCCGUGUUACAGUCCCACGAUGCCGCGAGAAUGGGAAUCGUGCUUGCAGCCGGUGCUUGCCUGGGCACGUGGUAGUACAGGUGAAUGGCUUCCGGAACACGUCGGCAUUCCCAUCGCGGAACAUCCUGAAGGCUCUUAUUACAUGUUAGAAGUGCACUAUAAUAAUCCGGAUAUGAAGAAGGUGGUAGACAGCAGCGGAGUACGUCUACACUUGACCGCGAACCUACGUCCUCAGGAAGCGGGAAUUCUCGUUGCUGGCGUGGCUGUUAGUCCUCUUCACCUGAUUCCACCGAAACAAAAGGAGUACGCCACGGCAGGUUACUGUACUCCUCAUUGCACCAACACUAUGUUCCCCGAAGGCGGAGUGAAUAUCGUUUCGGUGGUCUUGCAUUCUCACUUGGCCGGUCGUCGUUUGAGUCUGAAACACAUUCGCCAAGGCAAAGAAUUGCCCAGGAUAGUCGAGGAUAACCACUUUGAUUUUGAUUAUCAACAGUCUCAUACCCUCGAGAAGGAGGUGAAAGUACUUCCAGGAGACGAAUUGCUGGCCGAGUGUGUUUACGGUACGUUGGACAGGACGAAGCCUACUUUGGGAGGAUACGCGGCAUCUCAGGAAAUGUGUCUGGCCUUCGUGGUACAUUAUCCGAGAACACCACUCGCAGCUUGUUAUAGUAUGACGCCGGUCAAACAUCUGUUCAAGACUCUCGGCGUGUACAGCUUCAAAGGCGUUACUAUGGAUCACCUGGAGAAGCUUUUCCUAACAACUAGGACCGAUGCUGUGACUAUUCCUUCCACUGGUCAACAACAGCUUCCAAUUUACCCUGCUACGAGGCCUAGCGAAGAAAUAGACGAAGAACUUAUAAGGGAGGCAAAGUCUGCCUUGAUGGCUAUGAGGGAUUACACGAUAGAAAACGAGAACGACAACGUCUUCUCUCGGUUGAUCAUCGAAGAGCCCGAAGAGUUCAGAGGUCGAACUUUGGCCGAACAUAUUCUGGCUCUACCCUGGACGGAGGAACUUCUUGCUAGAUCCAUCGAACAGAGUCUGUACCAUGGCAGGCAUAUGACAUUUUGCAGGAAGAGGGACGAUAAGCUUGCUCUGCCGGCUGACAUACAGACGUUCCCAAACUACACAGCACUGCCGGAAACAAACGAAACCACGUGCACCGAAAUGGCUAUGCUAUCCAGUGCAUCGAGGAGCUUGUACUUUGACAUCGUGCCGCUUCUCGCGAUUCUCGUUACGGCGAUCAUUGUUUCCUAAAAUUAAAGUCAAAUAUGUAUUAGACGUUUGAUUGUCCGUUGUUUGAUCGUCGUUGAUUGUACGGUCAAUUGUACGUAUCCGUCUUAUUCGUCUCGCUUACGAAUCGGGACUGUUCGAGACAGGCUAGAAACGAGCGAUAUCGUUCGACGAUAAUCUACGAGACCGUUAUCACUGCCUGCAGGGGAACGGACGGCAAGAUUUUCGAAAAAUUUUCACCGCCCAACGUGUGCGUGCGUGCGUGCGUGCGUGUGUGUGCGCGCGUGUAUGUAUGUGUACGUAUAUGUGUAUACACACGCCCACACACGCACAAAAAUAUAAUAUAAUAUAUAUGUAUAAUGUAAUGUAAUGUAAUGUAAAUAUACCAUUCACUUAUUUAUAAGGUAUUCGCGCUACAAGCCUUUCCCUCUAUUUUCUAUGAAUUUUGUAUAAAAAAUAAACCAGUCUGU